AUGUUUGGGAAUGAGUUUACUUGCGAAUGCGGAGCUAUUUAUCAUUCAAAAGAUGGACUGAGGAAGCACAAAAGCGCCGCUCAUCCGACAGAAUCGACUCAUGCUUCCCAUGGAGUAACUUGUCCAAUCUGCGAUCAGAGAUCGGCUUCUCAUCUUGAUUUGAUUGAACAUUGUCGGCUAUCACAUCCUUCUGCUGAUCUCACUGUUCAGAGAAAGACCUUCGCAUCGUGGUCUACCUUCGAGGUAGUUUUGAUGUGCAUAGGAGUGUUAGGAAUAGUUGCAAUUGUUGAGGUCUGGAAGGACGAAGAAGAACGCAGAACUUGCUCUAAGCUGGUAAAACGUGGCUUUACUAAAAGUAGCAAGGGCAUAGUACACAUGUAUGGGUGUCACAAUGCGAAUGGUGCUGGUGCACGCAUUGACGCCACCGAGCGAAAACAAAGGUAUAGAAAAAGCAGAAGGGUGCACAAAUAUUGCACAUGCUAUGCAAAGGUUACGCAGCUGGAAGACGGCACCGUAGAUGUGAUCGCGUGCUUCGGUCACGUUGGACACGAGCUAAAUAGAGCUACAAUUCCUUUAUCAGAAAGCGAUGUGACAACUGUAAGGUCUAUGAUUGAAGCAGGAAUUCCCACAAACAUUAUAGUUUCAAAAUUGCGGACCACUAGGUGGUUGUCGAACGUCGCUCCACAAAGGCAAGCACGACUCUGUUUCAUCACAGCAAGAGAUGUAGCUAAUAUAGCUGCUCGUUACGGGCUCGUUGAAGGCAUGACUUCUAAAGAUGAUAGGCAGUCGCUUAGAACGCUAGUCGAGGAUCAAGAACAAGUCGCGGCAGUGGAACUCUGUGAAACAUCGAAUCCUAGUGGAGAUGGGUUCUUGCUCGCAUUUGUCACCGUUAAUGGUAAGAAAUAUCUCGACCGCUACGGGUACAGAGGGCUUGUGUUUGAUGACACUUUUAACGUCACUCGAUACUGUUUUCGGCUUGCUACUCUGUUAGUAGCUGACGAUGCCGGAAAUGGAUUCCCGUGUGCUCAUUUAUUGUCAUACCGAAUGACCAGUAAAGAAGUUGAAGUUCUUUUUGAAUUGGUAAAGGUAAGCAGUGUUUCUGCUGCGCAAAGCAGAAUAAAAACAAUGCUAAUCGAGACCGAUCCGCUCAAGUUUGAGAACGCAUACGCUGACUACCUUGCCUGGCUCACCAGUAUAGGCGCGACGCAGAUGAAAACUGUUGGUUUACAUCUUACUUACUUUAAUAUGCGUUUCAUUCACAAGCUUUUCAAGUAUGUGGAAAAGACGUACACGUCGCGGAAAGCUGAAUGGGCAGGAUGCUAUAGGAAUGGGGCACCAUUUCAUACGUCGAACCAUGCGGAGUCGUGGCAUCGGAAAUUAAAACACACGAUCCUGCAAAAUAAGCAGAACAGCCGUCUCGACGGAGUGGUUUGGAAGCUGCUGCAGCAUUCACAUGAACUGCAUCUGCAGCUGACAUCAUCGGUUUGUAACGCUGUACUGUGCAAUUCAAAUCCGAACAGAGCAUUCUUUGCAGUUGGUUCGAAACGGGUGCGACCUUUCCAAUCGAAGAAAGAUAAAUAUGCAGAUGCAUAA